CAUUCUGGUUACGUGCAUACGAAAGAUUUGUGGAAUACUAAAUCACAUCCAUUAUAUCGUGCUGCAAUGAGUGUACGACGAUUUUGGGAAAUUAGCCGCUUCAUUCGUUUUGAUAAUGGAAACACACGCCAGCAACGCAAACAAACUGACAAAGCAGCAGCAAUAUCCAACGUUUUUUUGAUGCUAAACAGCUGUCUUCGUAGAUAUUACGUGGCAGGAGCCAACGUCACCGUAGAUGAACAAUUGUAUGCUUAUCGUGGUGGAACUGGCUUCACGCAAUACAUACCAUCAAAACCUGCCAAAUAUGGGAUAAAAGUGUGGUGGGUGUGCGACUCCAUUUCGUCCUAUCCAUUGCAGGGACAAAUCUAUACAGGAAUGGCACGUGAAGGGUGAACGUGAAAGAAACGUUGGUGAAAGAAUAG